CUUUUACCAAACGUAGAUCCUUUCAUGGCCUCUGCCAGACCUUCCUGUCCCCCCGCCCCUCCCCCGCAUAGAUCUCCAGGGCGCUCAGAAAAUCCCGGUAGGUGGCUGACGCCUGUAGUCCCAACACUUUGGGAGGCCAAGGUGGGAGGAUCUCUUGAGGCCAGGAGUUCCAGACCAGCGCAGGCAACAAAGGGAGACCACAUCUCUGCAAAACACAGCCGGACCCUGCGCGCCUGCAGUCCCAGCUACUGGGGAGGCUGAGGCCAGAGGAUCGCUUGAAACCAGGAGUUCCAGGCUGCAGUGAGCUAUGGUUGUGCCACUGCGCUAGAGUUUGGGUGACAGAUCCUGUCUCAAAACAACAAAAACCCUAGCUCUUUCACUAGCCUGGCCGGCGUCUCCUACUGUAAAUUCGCUUACCCCCCAACCCCGCCUUCUCUCUCCCCUCACUCCUGCUCUGGGGCCGCCUGACUGCCCUGGGCCUGCAGAGCCCCCAGGUCUUCAUGCAGGGUGCCCUUCCUCACUCAGUUCUUGCUCAAAUGUCCCUCCAUCAAGGAGGGCUUUGUUAGCUACCCUUGGCUAUGGGAUCCGUCCUCCAGCCAUUUCACUUCGUUAGGCGCUGUAACUUCUAGGCGUACCUGGUUUCUGUGUUUUGUGCUUUCCUGUCGGGGCAGUGGCCCUAUCUUGCUUGCCACUGAAUCCCUAGCACCUAGCAGUUGCUUUUCUUGUAGUAGCAGCUACGGCAGCGGCCAGUGCGGCAGUCUGGUCAGAGGUGAAGGGCCAAAGACUUGGCGGUGUAGGGGACUGGGGCAGAGAGAGACACUGGAGGGACAAAAAUGAGAAACUGAAGCCUGUCUUUGCUACUGUGGACCUCGCGGCAGGCCAUUCUGGGAUUGGCAAUGCUCCGCAAGCUGGGCUGGCUGGUCUCCUACAGCCUGGUUGUGCUGUUGCUGGGCUGCCUGCUCUUCCUGAGGAAGGAGGCCAAGCCCAUGGGAGACCCCACAGCCCGCCAGCCUUUCUGGGCUCCUUCAGUGCCCUGCCACAGCCGAUGUCCACCCAACCACACAGUGGCUAGUGCCUCUCUGUCCUUGCCUAGCCGUCACCGCCUCUUCUUGACCUAUCGCCACUGCCGAAAUUUCUCUAUCUUGCUGGAGCCUUCAGGCUGUUCCAAGGAUACCUUCUUGCUCCUGGCCAUCAAGUCACAGCCUGGUCAUGUGGAGCGUCGGGCAGCUAUCCGCAGCACAUGGGGCAGGGCUAGGGGCCAGCAGCUGAAGCUGGUAUUCCUCCUAGGGGUGGCAGGACCCACUCCCCCAGCACAGCUGCUGGCCUAUGAGAGUAGAGAGUUUGACGACAUCCUCCAGUGGGACUUCACUGAGGACUUCUUCAACCUGACACUCAAGGAGCUGCACCUACAGCGCUGGGUAGCGGCUGCCUGCCCCCAGGCCCGCUUCACGCUAAAGGGAGAUGAUGAUGUCUUUGUCCACGUCCCCAAUGUGCUAGAGUUCCUGCAUGGCUGGGACCCGGCCCAGGACCUCCUGGUGGGAGAUAUCAUCCGCCAAGCGCUGCCCAACAGGAACACUAAGGUCAAAUACUUCAUCCCACCCUCAAUGUACAGAGCCAGCCACUACCCACCCUAUGCUGGUGGGGGAGGAUAUGUCAUGUCCAGAGCCACUGUGCAGCGCCUCCAGGCCGCUGUGGAAGAGGCUGAACUCUUCCCUAUCGACGAUGUCUUUGUAGGUAUGUGCCUGAAGAGGCUAGGGCUGAGCCCCACGCAUCAUGCUGGCUUCAAGACGUUUGGAAUCCGGCGGCCCCUGGAUCCCUUAGACCCCUGCUUGUAUAGGGGGCUCCUGCUGGUGCACCGCCUGAGCCCCCUCGAGAUGUGGACCAUGUGGGCACUGGUGACAGAUGAGGGGCUCAAGUGUGCAGCUGCCCCCAUACCCCAGCACUGAGGGGUGGGUUGGGCAACAGCUCCAGAGUGCACUGUUGAUUUUCUAUCAUGAUGAGAAAUUAAUCCCUGCUGGUCUACAGGAAAUGCCGACUUGAGUUUUUGUAACCCCCCCACCUUGUUAGCUCUAAUUAAAAACACUGCAACCUG